AUGAGACUACCAGUAUCUGCAUCUGCAUCAAGACUUGCAUUCUCAUCUCCAUCCACUUCUAAUCCACGUUCCGCUCCAGAAGAACCCCCAGACCAUGGCUCUCCCCACGAUUAUCCUCCUCGCAAUCAUAGUUUUCACAUCGCAUUUCCUUCUAUAUGUACUUGCACUUUCGUGGCUACGAUCGAUACGGUGAUCGUCGCCACAGCUUUACCAGCCAUCACCACAUCUCUCCACGCAAUCUCCCAUGAGGCAUACUGGUGCGGGACUGGGUUUUUGUUUGCGCAAACGGUGAGUCAGCCACUGUAUGGCGCGGUGCAGGAGGUGGUGGGUCAUAAGAGGACUAUGCUGGGAGCUCUGGGAGUGUUUUGGGGGAUGAGUGUGUUGUGUGCUACGGCGAGGGAUGUGGGGUGGUUGGCUCAAGGUCUUGGAGGUGGAGGAAUCAAUGCGAUGGUCAACGCUCUGGUUUUGGAUAUGGUACCGCUUCAUGAACGAGGGACGUACGCUGCCCCUGUCAAUCUGGCUGGCGCUGUUGGAUUAGUAUCGGGAGUGGUCCUAGGUGCUGCGUUUGCAGAGAAGUCGACAUGGAGACUGUGCGUAUCUUCCUUCGCCACGAAUCUUCUAUAUAAACCUCCUCAUCUGCUUCCUCACUGGCCUCGGCCUCAUCCUCUGCCUCCACAUCCCCGUCUCCGCCUCUCCCUCCUCAAAAUCGACUACCUCGGCGCCAUAUUCCUAACUUCCACCCUCAUCUCCCUUCUCUACGGCGUCACCAACGGCAGCGCUCUCUACGCCUGGUCGCACUCCCGCAUCAUCUCAGCCCUCAUCAUAGUACUCUGGGGCUUAGCAUAUUACCUCAUCCUGUAUUUCCUAAUCGCACGGGGUCACUCGCUUCUCCACUCCGCGGUUGAAAUUCUCCCCGGCAUCGCUACGAUUCCGUUUUCUUGGGUGAGCUUGAGUGUUGGCAUUGGACUUCUGGCUUUACUUACUCCGGACACGUCGCUGGGGGAAACCUAUGGGUAUCGGAUUGUCCUAGCAAUAGGCGGUGGGAUUGUGUUUCCGGGACAGAUAUUAGCGGUACAGGUGUGCUGGAGGGAUGAGGAUGAGGCGAUUGCGACGACUAUGGUGAGUUUUUUUACCUCGCUUGGGGAGGCUUUUGGGGUAGGUAUCGGCGGCAGUAUUUUUCAGAAUAGGUGGGAGAGACUAGUGCAGAGGUAUGUAAGGACUGAGGCCCUGAAGAGCGAGUUUGUGAUUGGGAGUCGGGCGGCGGAGGGUCCAGUGGAGAGAAUAAAGGGGUUGCCGAGCGAGGUGCAGGAGGUUUAUAGGGAGGUUAUGGCAGGGAGUUUGAGGACACUUUGGAUUACGUUUGCGGUGCUGAGUGCGGUGAGAUCUUUUGUGAGUUUGGCGCAGAGGAAUUUGAGUCUUGGGGAGAAGAAGGAUGAGAAGUGGAAUAUCCUCUGA